AUGGAGGACUCCCAAGCUGAAAUCAAAAAGAAACGUGUAUUCAAAAAGUUCUCCUACCGUGGAGUCGACCUUGAUCAGCUUCUUGACUUGUCUUCCGAGCAGCUCAUGGAGCUUGUUCAUGCCCGUGCUCGUCGAAGAUUUCAGCGUGGUUUAAAGCGAAAACCUAUGGGUUUGAUCAAAAAACUCAGGAAGGCCAAGAAAAACGCCCCACCAGACGAGAAACCAGCAGCUGUAAAGACACAUUUGAGAGAUAUGAUUAUCGUACCGGAAAUGAUCGGUUCAGUUGUUGGAGUCUACAGCGGAAAGACGUUUAAUCAAGUUGAAAUUAAGCCGGAGAUGAUCGGACAUUAUCUAGCCGAAUUUUCCAUUACCUACAAACCCGUUAAACAUGGUCGUCCUGGUAUCGGUGCUACUCAUUCAUCGCGAUUCAUUCCACUCAAUAACAAAGCCUUCCGUGCAAUGGCCGAAUAUCAAUCGAUUGACAGUAAUUGA